ACGGCCAAACAGGAACUGGCACGGCGCAGUUUAUGUUGCUGGUGAUUUUGCUCUGAGUUUCUACAGAAACGCUUUUUAUAACUGAAACGAAAGUGCCGCAAUAUGUCACAGGAUUUGUGGUUACAGAAUUAUGAUGCAGCUUGUCGCCUGGCUCAAGAAAUUGCAGAAAACAUCCAUGAAAGAAAUAGACAGCUGAGGACUGGAGGAAAUCCAGCCAAGCUCAACAUGACCCUGAGAGCAUCAUUACAGAAGCUCAAACAGAAUAUAGCACAGCUCAAGGAGACAUUGACUCGAGCUUCUGCUCAACGGCGUAUAAUGCAAGCUGAAGCAGACAGAAGACAGAACCUUGUUGAUGACCUCGCUACCAGAGAAACGAGACUGAACGCCUCUUUUAAAGCAGACAUCUCAGAAGCUGAGCCAUCAAGGUCAAGUCUGAUGACAGGGGGAAACGGUUCGGGGCCUGCCGUGAACCCGUGUCUGGUUAAUGAGUCUGAGGAGACCAGAGGACUCAGCUUUGGAGAAAUCAAACACCAACAGCAGCAUAUUAUCGAAGUUCAGGAUGCUGGCCUGGAUGCUCUGGCUGCAGUCAUAAGUAGACAAAAACAGAUGGGUCAGGAGAUCGGCAAUGAGCUAGAAGAACAGAACGAUGCCAUAAAGCAUCUAAUUGGUAUUCCCGUCACCCAGGCCGCAGUGCUGCUUAGUGGAUCUUGGCUUUGAUAUGGCGUGAUACAUCUGGAAUGAAUGUGUGCUUGUGACAGUCGUUAGCUACAUGGCCCCACAUUAAACAUCGGUGGCAGGAAUUCCCAGACGACAGGAAGAAGUGAUCUAGAGCUCUGCAAACUGUGUGACCAAGAUGAGCGGUAAAUGUUUUACACCUCUCGCGGCAUUCUAGAUACUUUUCGCAUGUCAAAACACGAGACAGAUUUGUUUUGAGAAAAAUACGCUUUGGGUCUGAACGAAUGUCUUUGUUUUGAAAAGGCAGGAAGUUACAUUUACAGACGUGAAUUGAUGUCAGUGCGCUCAUGUGUUAUGAAUGAUGGCGAGACGCACAACUCGAUAAUUUUCUACAGCGUAUCGGAGGAGACGACAGAUUGAGCACAUAGUGUUUUCACAACACAGAGGAAUUUAGCGCAUUAAAAUUGAGAUGCCAUGUAAUGAAACUUUAAUGGUAGUCCACAGCAUUCAAAAAGCACAUUAUCUAUCAGUAAGGUCUCAUUAGCUGGAAGAGAAUGUACACUCUUCUUACAUGUGAAGCUGUAAUUGAGUUGUUUAGCUGUUUUUAAAGAGUUUUAGAGUAGAACUUUAUACUUUCUUGUGUUCUUUUCUUUGUUCCAUUUCAGCCACUGUAUAUAGAUCUUUCUGUAUAAGAUUGAUUAAUACCACAGGCUAUGUGGAUCCAGAAUCAGAUUGCUACCUCAUGUAUCUCUAUCUUUUGAUUUUGUGACUGAAAUGAGAGACACUGAUAAUAUGCACUAGUAAAACUUUACUAAUUAAGUAGAAUUUGUUGUAUGAAUAUGAAUGGGACAUGUUUGUUGACAGCAAAUACUCGCACAUGUCUUUAACCCUGUGUUACCAUCUUUUUAAACCCAUUUUUAGCACUGCAUUAAGCAAAACUUCCUUUUUGUACCAGGUUAGCAUCACUUUUAACCUUUGGUUAUGAACCUGGUAACAGUUCUAAUACUUAAGUUCAGUUCUAGGAGAAUGUUACAGCA